CCUAUAUUAAAUAAAACCCAUUUUUACGGAAGGGCGACAUAUUUACCAUUUCGCCUCCACAGAAGUUCUCUUUACUCCAUUGCAUUCUCAUAUCCAUCAUUCCACUCUCAGCGCUUCAGAGAUCGAAUAUCCAGUGAAAUCUGUUAGAAGGAAGAAGAAUCAAGAAGUGAAGGAUGGGUCAGAUCCAGUACUCUGAGAAAUACUUUGAUGAUACCAACGAGUAUAGGCAUGUGGUUCUUCCUCCUGAAGUGGCAAAGCUGCUCCCCAAGAACCGGCUUCUAUCUGAGAAUGAAUGGCGUGCUAUCGGUGUUCAGCAGAGCCGUGGGUGGGUUCACUAUGCAAUUCAUCGCCCUGAGCCCCAUAUUAUGCUCUUCAGGAGGCCUCUGAACUAUCAGCAACAACAGGAGAAUCAGGCUCAACAAAACUUGCUUGCUAAGUGAUCUUUUUAAACUCUUAAUAUGUUAAAACAAAUUCAUUGAAAGCACUUUAGGGUUUAUGCUCUGCAUAAACAGUUGAAUAUUCUCUGGAAUUGCUGGUAUUGUACUUUAAUUUUCUCUUAUGGAGAAGUAAAUCUUAAGCUCUUAUGUUGUUUAAACAUAAGGGUCGUUACUAUUGUCAUCUGCACUGAUUGAUUAAACAUAUGGCUGUACUUCUAGCAUAUUGCUUAUGUUUUGUGGAGGAAAAAUGAAGUGAGUCAGUUGAUGUUCUAUCA